AUGCCGUCCUUUGACGAAAAGAAAGCUUACGUUGAGCAAGAAGAAACAUUCUUCGAUGAUGGGCGGGAGAUUGAGCUUCUGCAUUACAUCUAUGGUCGGUCAGACAUUGAUGAGCUUCGAGGUUCGCCGGAGCGUGUUCUUCAAGCCAUUGAUGAGUUUGGACGCACGAAGAAGUAUCUCAUGAACGUGGGCGAGGACAAGGGCAAGAUUGUGACAGAUCUCAUCGCUGAGGUGAAGCCCAAAGUCAUGGUUGAACUCGGAGGCUACGUCGGCUACUCAACCCUCCUCUUCGCCAACGCCGUCCGCAAGUCCGGAGGAACACACUACUUCUCCCUCGAGCGAAACCCCGAAUUCGCCGCCGUGAUAACAUCCCUUCUCGACCUCUCCGGCCUGCGCGACAUCGCUCGCGUCAUCGUCGGUCCCAGCGACGCAGGCCUCGCCCGCCUGCACGCCAACGGGACAAUCUCCAAGAUCGACCUCAUGUUCCUCGACCACUACAAGCCCGCGUACACGAGCGAUCUCAAACUCUGCGAACGCUUGGGGCUCGUGGGACCGGGGAGUGUACUUGCGGCCGAUAACGUCAUCAAGCCGGGAAAUCCACCGUACUUGGCGUAUGUGAGGAGUAGUGUUGCGGAGAAGAGGGCGGCGAAGGGGGGAAAUGAGAAGGAGGAGUUUGCGGAUAGAACGGCGAAACAGUAUUUGAAGAGGGAGGGCGAGGAGAAGAUUAAUGAGGAGGAGGGGGAUCCGAAUCUGGUGUAUGAGAGUAAGUUGGUUCAUAGCUUUGAGCCAACUGGUGUUCCUGUGGGUACCCGCAUCUUACCACCGUCAUUACCCUCGCUGACGAACAAUCGCAGGACGCUGUUGAGAUUACGAGAUGUACCCGUCGCGAAGAUUAGAAGUCUUUCCCUCGGUACCGAUCAAUUGACUCCUAUGGCAUUAGAUGGCCCUUGA